CCAUACUCUACAGUCCAACAGUAUACACAUUCAGUCGAAUAAUCUCCAGUCAAAUAACCUGUAUCAACAUUUGCAACGUCUACAACUUCAACAGUUCCCAGUUGUUGGGAGUCCAACAAGUCGCAAUAGUCCACCUACGUAUAGUCCUCUCCUUCCCAGGGGUAGUACUGAUUCCCCACCCCCAUCAGGUGGCGCUACUGCUCAGAAUUUCAUCUUACAGAAUCUAUCGCCUCAGCAUCGGAAUAGUCCACCUCCGAAUUUCCAAAACUUACAUAUGAUCAAAGAACAGGAUUCAUUGGAUUCUAGUGAUAAGGAUUUAGAUUUGGAAGAAAUGUCCCGUAGUAGUAACGGAGGAGGGCAGGAAGGGAAACAGUCAGCCUUUGGACAAAAUCCUCAAAUAAGCAUAACCGAUGCUCAAGGUCAGUCAACUUUAAUGACGUCAUCUCAAGAUAGUGUCGAACUUGAUGAAUCUGGGGGUCAGGAAGCUGGAACAACACCAGAUGUUGCUCCGGACUCUCCAGAUUCUGACGGAAUGGAGACUGGUUCCCCACCUGCUCCUAGUACCCCCAUCUUAGACGAUAGUCUCCCCAUGAUGGGAUUAUUCAGCACUGGUCGUCCAACUACGAACCAUGUCUCCAGGCCAAAUAGCUUACAACAGCGUCACAGGAGAUAUCAUACGG